AUUGUCUAGCUGUUGUUUAUAUGUAACUAUCGAAACGGGCGUUCGAGCUGCACGUUCAAACAAGGUGUCGUUUGUUAAAACUUGUGUACUAAGACGAUGCGUAGCGAUUUAUUCCGUCAUUUUGGUUUUAUCAACAGGGUUCGAAGAAUUACUAGUCUACAGUUCGUUUAAAUCGUGCAGAGAAUGGUGUAUCGUGUAUAGCUUUAGAGCUUUCAACAGCUUACAGAUUUGGACUUGACUUUGUUUUACCAUGCAGGAGAUAAACGUCAAAGUUGCUGUGAGGGUUCGACCAUUGUUAAACAGAGAGAGAUUGAAUGGAGAAAAACGUUGUGUUCGUGUGUUUCCAACCACCAACCAAAUUGUGCUCGGCACCGACAAAGGUUUCACGUUCGACUACGUCCAUUCUGCACAUUCUACACAGAAAGAUGUUUAUCAAAGUGUUGAACCUUUGGUGGAGAGUAUAUUUGAAGGUUACAAUGCCACAGUGUUUGCCUAUGGUCAGACAGGUUCAGGAAAAACUCACACAAUUGGAGGUUUCAAUUUAUCUUCAGUAUCGGAGGAGCAGCAAGGUAUCAUACCUCGAGCUGUUCGACAGAUAUAUGAUGUCAUAAAUUCAAAGGCCAGCAUUCAUUUUACGGUGCGGGUGUCCUACAUUGAAAUCUACCUAGAAGAGUUGUGUGACCUGCUGGAUGUGGACAACAAAACCUUACACGUACGAGAGGAUGAGAAAGGGAAUACUGUGAUAUCAGGUGUCCAGGAGGUAAAAUGUGAAAGCAUGGAGGAUGUGUUUUCCUGUUUGGAGUCUGGUUCUGCAGUUCGUCAUACGGGGUUGACACAAAUGAAUGAACAUUCUAGCCGAUCACACUCGGUUUUCACCAUUGUUAUAGACCAGAAAUGGACCAAUUCUGACAUUUUCAGUAGCAGACAUUUUGAUUACUCUACCAACUGUUCAGUGUCGAGUGACCGAGAAAUUUCCCACUGCAUGUCAGCCAAAUUUCACUUUGUUGAUUUGGCUGGCUCAGAAAGAGCACAUCGCAUUGGUAAUGUUGGUGAACGAUUUAAAGAAUCAGUACAUAUAAACACUGGUCUUUUAGCUCUUGGCAAUGUUAUCAGUUCACUUGCUGACUCAAAGAAAAAAGCCAAACACAUUCCUUAUAGAGAUUCCAAAAUUACCAGAAUCCUCAAGGAUUCCCUCGGCGGUAAUGCUCAGACUCUGAUGAUUUGUUGUGUUAGUCCUGCAGUUUCUGGCUUUGACGAGACCUUGAAUUCCCUUAAAUAUGCUAACAGAGUGAAAGACAUCCGAAAUAAACCCAUCAUUAACAGAGAUAUCCAGUCAAUUAGAUUUGAAGAGAUGCAGACCGAAAUCCUUAAUUUGCGAGAGGAACUGUCACGUCAACAAACACGUCUGUUCAGCGCUGGCGACGGUGAUGGUAACAGCAAUAGUGACAUUGACAAAGAGAGAUUUUCAACUCAGAGCAGCAAUAUAAAGGAUAUGGAAGACAAAAUUCUCAGACUGCAAGCAGAGUGCCACCAUUAUCAGCAAUUAUCAGAAGAGGCUUACAAACAACUGCUGCAAAUACAAGAACGAGAUAUUCUAUCUAAAAGCCAGAACCUUUCUUUAAAUGAUUGGUUAGAAUUGAGAGAACAGAUCAUGAAGAAUGUCACAUCUUCUGUCAAUAUAACUGAAUAUUGGAAUAAACAGAAAAUAGAAGAACUUCAAGCUGAUAUCAAGAAGUGCCAGGAACAACUAUCAAGUGAUGAGGAAAUAUUUAUUCAGAUGACAAAAGAAAAUAACCUACUGAAGGAAAAAUUAAAAGAAAUGAGUGAAUGCUUGCAAGAAAAAGAACACAUUUUGGCACUUUCUGAAGAGAAAGUUAAACAGCAACAACAACAACUUCUUGAACAACAAAUACAACUUGAUGAAAUGAGGAAUUCCCUAAAGUCUCCACCUAGUUGUGAAGAUGUUCAGACAAUUGAAAAACUCCACAUUCGCCCUCAGACUGUACCUAUACAAUAUAGCAGCCUGACAUAUCUUCGUCCUCCUUCUCGCCAAAUACACACUAGUCCGGCCCUCUUCUCUUUGGAACGGAUUAUGCAGAACUUCCGUGCCCGCAGUCAGUUGUUGGUUGUGAACUUAGAAGACACUGAUGAAGUCCUUCACCUCAGCUUUGAUGACACUGGCCAAGGAGAUGACAUGUCUUUGGAUAAAAUUCAGUCUGAAACAUUCAAGAAAAAUCAUUCUGAAAUCAAGAGGCGAUCGACAUUUAGAGUGGGAAAGUUAAGGUCAGACCAACAGGACACUUUUAAAGAGAUUUCUUGUGACCAAGAUCCCAUCACAUGUGAAGUUUCCAUUCAACACCUUGAAAUGUCCACUACACGAAGUAGACAGCAGUUAUCUUCAUCCAGUUCCAUUGAAGAGGAACCACAGAAUGAGAUGACAGAAGCAGAUGCGAAAAUGCUUGAAUCCAACCAAAAACUGUCCAAUUUGGCUUCUAAUAUCCGGAUGAAAGAACAGUUUAUUCGGGAACUUGUUAAGAAAGGUAAAGAUGCAACAUUACUAAACAGACAAUAUGUACAGAAAAUUAAGGAACAAGAAAAGGUUGGUUCGUUUCUCACUUGUCUUUGGAUGUAUUUAAAGAAGAUUGAGGAUGCAGAACAGAAGAUCUCUACCUUGCGGAAGCAACAGAAGGAAACAGUCAAAGUCGCCAACAUUACAUCACAAAAUGAGAAAAACAUAUUGGAAACAAAUUGGGGGGACAAUCUUGUAGAUUUGGCUGUAUUUAUCAUUUCUCUUUUUUCCCAGCGAGUGAUGCAGCGAGAGAAAGUUCGUGUGAAGCAACUAGAACAGCGUAACCUCCAGCAGCAGAAAAUCUUGAAAAGGAAAAAUGAGGAAAUUGCUCAAGCUCAGCGUAAACUACGUGGUGCUUCCUUGCCUCGAAUUAACAGUGGUAACCAUGACUCAAUGGAGGAGAAGAAACGACAACUGGACCUUGAAGUUGAGAAAAUACUUGACCAGCGCCAACAGCUUGAAGAACUUCAGAAGGAACUGCAAAGAAAAGAAGACAUAAUCAGCAACAAAGAAGCCAUGUUGGCUGAGAAAAGUGAAUUAGAAAUCAAGAAAUUGCGGUCAAGUCAGAUUUUGAAUAAGGAUUUAAUGGGUUUGUCUGCAAAACUGGUGUCGGUUGAAAAGACAAUAGAGACCAAAAAGCUGGAGAUGAUCAGAGCAUCUCAAGACCAGGAAGAGACUGUACAGAAAGAAAUCGAUAAAUUAAAGCAGGUUCGUACCAAUCUUAAGGAGCAACUGGCAACCCUUGAUGAAAAACUGACUGAUGGAUGUUUGCUUAGUAAUCAAGAGGAGAGACGGUUAAUAGAGCUAGAGGAGGCUGUCGAAGAACUUGAUGCUGCCAUUGAGUAUAAGAACAAGACCAUUGAAAGCAGACAGAUGGAACUUCGACAAUCUUGGUUCUCUGUGCAGCGUGAGGGUGGGAUCUUGAGUUUAUUCAACACCCUCAAUCCGCAAGAAAUGAUGUUGCUCCUGAUGAAAUAUUUUGAGAAAGUCAUCAACUUCCGUGACAACGAGCGCAAGUUGAGUCACAAAAUGAAUGAGUUUCAGAGCAGAAUCGAAGAACAAGACAAGUUACUCCAUGAAGCUGAAACCCAUCACCAGAGAGCCAGUUUUGACAUUGACCGCAGACUCACUCAGCAACAGCAACGGUAUGAACAGAAAAUUGGUGUACUAAUGCACCAGUUGGCACAGUUUACAGAAAACAAUGAAGAUGCUAAUAAAGAAGAACCACAUGUCAAGAUACGCAGCUUGGAAAAGGAGUUGUACUACUACAAGAAAACCAGUAGAGAUCUGAAGAAGAAGUUACGUGAUAAAGAAAAUACAUCACUGUGUCAAUCAGAAGAUCUUGGCCCAAAACUUGUUAAGUCAAAAGAAUUUCCUAGGUGCAAGUCUUCCACUACAAACAGGAACUCGGUGGUCAGCUUUUCACCAACCAGCCAACAUAACCAAGAACUUCCAAGUCAGCAGCCUGAAUUAUUCUGUGAGAAUAACAAAACCGAUCAGUCUGGGACUAAACCAGUUGUUGCUACAUCGCUCCAGUUUUUAGAUUCCUUAGAAGUUCACUCCAGUGGUUGAGAAUGUUCAAGAUCCAUGUUCUGGUCAGAUUGUUUAAGGGUUUAUAUCUUAAAAGAUUUUGCUUGUAAAUUACUGCUGAUAUUUCUUGACUGGAAGAUGGAACAUUAACAUUUCAAAAACUUGCAUCAUUGAGCAAAACACCUUCUGGUUCUUUAGAUAAGACAACAAUAUAAUAUGAAACUUUACAGCCAUGCCUAGACAGACUGAUAGUGGAUUACAUGAUGUCUAGAACCAGUGGAACUCAGAGAAACACACACAUAUAUGUAUUUACAUCUGUGUGUGUGUGUGCACAUGAUGAAACAUUCAGUAGGAUAUCAUUUCAUUGUAAAAUAAUCACCAUUAUAUAAUAAAUCAUUUUGCAAAAUA